AUGGAUUCCCAGCGCCAGAGCAUUAGACAAGUGACGCGGAAGGAACUGUACACCAGUUUCGGGAAGCGUAUGGAAUACAUCAAAGCCUUUGUCGGCUUCACGGACGACGACGCCAUCACAUUCAAUAAAGGCGCAAAAUAUAUCAAAGCCGCCAUCCCAACCCUUGCGCAUCGACUCUACGAAAGAAUGCUGGAGUUCGACAUCACAGCGCGUGCACUUCGGACGCGAACUACAAUGUCCGAUAGCCCUGUCGAUGACCUCUUCACCAUCGACAGUCCGCAGGUCCAGCGCAGGAAGAUCUUCUGGAAAUGGUACCUAACGCGGUUCUGCUCAGACCCCAGCCAGCUCGAAUACUGGGAAUAUCUAGACAAAGUGGGGUGA